GCCACCGAUUGAUAAAUUUUCGAAACUACGUGGAAGCGUGGUGGAAGUCCUGGGGAGCACGUGCAUUGUUAAACUGAAACGUCAAAGCAGGUUAUAUCACGGUAUUUUUUCUAACACACUCAGAUUCCUGAGUAACGAUGGAUAAUAUAUUAGAAGAUUCACGCUUUGCACAUAUUGCAAAAGAUCCUAGGUUCAGAAGAAUUCCAAAGUCUGAGCGCAAGGUGAAAAUUGACAAGAGAUUUCAGUCUAUGUUUAGUGAUAAAAAGUUCACAGUCAAGUAUUCUAUCGAUAAAAGAGGUAGACCGAGUAAUCAAACGUCGGCUGAAAACUUAAAAAGAUAUUACGAGUUGUCUAGCGACGAUGACCCAGAAACAAAUUCUGAGGACGAUGCUGUAAAGUCUAGCAAUAACAAAAACAAAUUAAAAAAGCAAAAGAAUAAGAAGAAGACCAAAGAGAUCUCAUUGAAUCACAAUGACGAUGCACCUGAGCAAUCUGUCGAAGGCAAAAAGCAAUCUAAAAGAAACCGAUCCUCAUUGUUAGGCAGUGGGGAACUAUUACGAAUUAAAUCAAAAGUUGAAGGUGACUCGGAAUCUGAUAAUGAGCAAGAAGCAAAGGAUACUUUUGACUCUGAGAAAGAGUCUAAUUCAGAAUCAGACUCCGAGCUUGAAUCAGAGAAUGGCGAUCAGUUGUUGAAAAUUGAUAAAUCAGAAGCAAAAAUCAUUGAUGCUAACAUAAAGAAAAAACUUAGAGACCUUAGCGUAGAUUAUGCUAGAGGAGAAGGCGAAUUGCUCACAGAAAGUUCGUCAGAGGAAGAGAGCUCAGAUGACUAUGACGAUGAAGACGAGAUAGCUCAUGACUGGGGUGAACUAGAUAAAGAAGCUGAAACUACAGAUGAAAUAACAAACAGAUUAGCUGCAUGUAAUCUGGAUUGGGACAGAAUUCGAGCUGUCGAUUUAUUGGUUCUAUUCAACUCUUUUGUACCAAGUAAUGGCGUUAUCCACUCUGUCACGAUUUACCCAUCGGAAUUUGGCCUCCAGCGUAUGAAAGAAGAGGAAGUACGAGGUCCCAUAGAGCUAGUUGAUUCGAAAAACAAAAUUGAGGCAAUGGAAAAUGAAGACGAGAAUGAGGAAGGUUCGAAAUACCACAUGGAGAAAUUACGGCAGUAUCAGUUGAAUCGUUUGAAAUAUUAUUACGCCGUAAUAGUAUGUGAUUCACCACAAACAGCCAACAAGAUUUAUACGGAGUGCGACGGCAUUGAAUAUGAAUCUACGGCAACAAAAUUGGAUCUGAGAUUCAUUCCUGACGAUACAACUUUUGACCAAGAACCAAGAGAAGUUUGCGACAAAAUCCCAGAACUAUCCAAGUACCAACCAAGACAAUUCACUACCACUGCCUUGCAGCAGGUUAAGGUAGAACUUACUUGGGACGAAACUAAUCCACAGCGACAAGAGGUUGCAGAAAAAAUAAGCUCUGGAAAAAUUGACGACGUCGAUCCAAGCGAUAUUCAGGCAUAUUUAGCUAGCGGUUCCAGCAAUGAGGAAGAUGAAUCAGAAUCUAACGCUGAGCAUGGAGAUUCAGAGUCUGGAGAUGACCAAGAUCCAAUAGGAAAAUAUAAAUCACUAUUACGUGGUAUCGAGGAACAGCAAGAGGAGAAGAAAAAAAAGGGAAUAGAAAUGGAAAUUACUUGGGGAUUAGGCAGCAAGCUUAAGUCUGAAAAAUUAGUAGCAGAUAAACUGAAGAAUGAUGAAGCUUUGACACCGUUUGAACAAUAUCUUGAAAAACGCAGAGCAAAGAAGAAGGCAAAGAAGGCUGAGAGAGAAAAACCGAAAAAUGAAGAAGGAAGUGACUUGGAAAGUGAUAGUGGGGAUAGCAUUCCAUCUGAUGUCGAUAUGAACGAUCCAUACUUUGCAGAAGAAUUCAAAAACAGAAAACCAAAAUCAAAGAAGAAAACCUCAAAAGAUCAGACUACGGAAGUUUCAGCUGACCAGGAACAGCAGAAUGCUGAGCUAGAAUUAUUAUUGAUGGACAAAACUGAAGACGAAGGACGAAAUCAUUUUGAUAUGAAAAAAAUUGAAGAUAAUGAAUCCCUUUCCAAGUCUAAGAAAAAACGUCAGAAUAAAUUGAAGAAGCACUCGACCAAGGAGGAAAUUAUAGAUGACUUUGAAGUUAACGUUAAUGAUAAGCGGUUCGGAGCUUUAUUCUCAUCUCAUCACUUCAAUAUCGAUCCAGCAGAUUCACAUUACAGAAAGACUAAAGGGACAGAAGCUCUGGUCAAGGAAAAAUUAAAAAGAAGAGCUGACGGCGACUUAAAACAGGAAACGGAAAAGAAGGUCAAACCAGAUCAGAAGCUCAACGCAGAAUUAAGCGCAUUGGUUAAAUCUGUGAAAAGAAAAACCCAGAACAUUUCCCAGCGAAUCAAAUAGCAAUGUUUUACGAUUUCAUCUAUUUAACGAAAAUGUAAAUACGUAGGCAUACGAAUAUUUUUUUUAAAUAAAAAAUAUCGUAAUGAAUAA